AUGUAUCAAGCCAUCUGGUUGCCGCGAUGGAUAAGGCCAUCGGGGACUGGGACGAGCACUUCUUCCAAGCUCGCCAAUAGCCCGUUCAGGCCACUGCUUCUGCCCUGUAAAACAACGCAUGCACGUGUCUUUCCCAAGAAACAUUCAUUCGGAUAUUCCUACCUGUUCGUGGGCGUUCCUGUUGGUUGGCAUGGGAAGGUCGGGUCUCUGCUAUCCGUCGACACCCACUGCUGCUUUGAUGGAAACGAAGAUAAGGGCUGGUUUCAUGUCCAAGCAGGAGACUACCUGGAGCGUGGCAGUGAGGAACUCGAUCUGAAAGGAAAGCUUCAUGCAUAUCUGGAGUCACAGGGCGUGAAGAGCGAAGAAUGGACUCAUGCGUACCUGGUGACCGCGCCCAAGUUUCUGGGCUACUCCUUCAAUCCGGUCUCCUUCUGGUACAUCUACUCGGACGACUUGACCCUCAAAUACAUGAUCCUGGAAGUGAACAACACCUUCGACGAGCGCCGUAUCUACCUCCUCAAAGCAGGCGAUGACGCAGGAAACGGUACCACAACCAGCAGUACGCCAAACCCCAAGCCUCCCAAGCGCUUCACAAACGUCUGGACAAAAGACUUCCACGUAUCCCCCUUCAAUUCUCGCAAGGGCACAUACUCCCUCUCAGCACUCAACCCGCUUGCUCAGUCCCCUGACAUCCAAAUCGACAACACCAUCACGCUCAAGUCAUCAAAACACCACCCCAAACUCGUCGCCCGCGUCUUCUCCACCUCCGCCCCCCUUGACCCUCGCACCCUCAAUCUACGGCAAACAACACGCUUCAUCACGGCCUGGUGGUGGGUCGGCCUCGUCACCUUCCCGCGAAUCGUCCGAGAGGCAGGCAAGCUCUUCUUCAGACGCAAGCUGCACGUCUGGUAUAGACCAGAAGUCGACCGCCAAAGCAUCGGCCGCACCCCAACAGCAGAAGAAUCCACCCUCGCCCCCUUCAUAACAUCCCACAUCCAAGCCCUCCUCACACACACCCCAACACCCCUAUCCCUAACCCUCUCCUCCCCCAUCCCUUUCUCCACAACAACAACACCACAAAGCACAACACCCACAACACAAAGCACAACAACAACAACAACAACCCUCACCUCCCCCCC